AUUCUAUGAUUCACUGGCCACAUCAGCAUGUCGUUGUCAACGGCAUUGAUACCACAACAGUGUCAACCAUGUAAUCGCCAGACAGCCAAAAUCUUUGCCCGAAUCUUUGAGCAGCGUCAUGGUCACUGGAGUUUCAUGAAAAAUCGCAGCAUCUGUGGGAACAGGACGUCCAUUGUGGAGCGUCCAGCUGCGUCCAACGGUAUUGUGAAAUGUGGCAGCAGCACCUUGCAGACGUUGCAAAAGUCACCCAGCUUCUUGCAGUUGCAACAAAGGCAAAACCCGUUUGCCUUGACAAACGAGGAAUAUCGCAUCUAUCCGCAAAGUGUCGAUUUGGACGCCUUCUUUGGCGCCGAACAAAAGUGCGAAAAGGUGUCGGAUGUGUGUCUGCUCAACGAUCACUUCAUACUGGUCAAGAUGCCGCACGAGGAGCAGUAUCGUCAGGUGCCCAAAACGCCUCCAAAGCCGCCCGAUGUGCAGAGCAAGUUUGGUGCCAAGUUGCCGCGUUGCUUCAAAUGCAAUCGAGGCAGUCGCGUUUCGCCCAUACUCGAGGAACUAGAGGCGGAGCUUCCCAAUAGCACUUGGCACUCGAGUGAUGAUCACGAUGUGGAGAUCUUUGACUCGCAAACUCGCAUCAUUUCCGCACAGCAUCAGCAGCAAUUGCAGGCAAUAUCUAGUCCAUUAACUAGACCCUCGCCUGAGUCUGUGAUUGUGGAGCAGCCGCAACCUUUGAGACAACUUCCGGACGCAUCUUUGCAGCUGCAGCUGGACACGUUUCAAUCUCCGCCGCCUCCUCUUCCUGUUGUGGCUGAUGCUCUCCAAGUAAGUCGCGGACCUUUGGACUGGUUCCUUUGGCCCUUCCGGCGACGUUCCUCCAGCAGACCAAAAGCUCAAUUGGCAGCUGUGCACAAAACCUACUUUGUCAGGUGGAAUAAACCCCCGGAUACUUUGUGGCAUGGUUAUGGCGUGGAGCGCUCUGAGGUGGAUAAAGUGGGAUUGCGUCGAUGUCGCUCUGCAAUCUUCUGAAGUGCUUCAAACUAAGCUUGUGUAUAUUUUGUAUAUAUUUGAAAUAUUGAUAAACUUUGAUAUAAUGAAAUAAUUGAAUUAAUUUUUUGCAUUAAUAAAAAGCUACGAUUAA